CGAGAAAAUCGCCAGUUGUCAGCCAGCAGUCGUCUGGUAUUGCGUGCAUUUUGCAGUUUCGUUCGGUUCCUCUCCCUUCUCUCAGUGCUUUACCUCUCUCUCUUUCCAUCGUCCAACACAAAAGGUGUUCGUGGUGGACGUCAGAGGCUUUGGUGAAAGUGAAACCAGUAGGCGCCGUUAUUGGUCGAAACAGUUGAAGAGAUACAUAACCAGAGAGGUGGGGGGUCGAUAUUCGUCGACAUAACAGAAGCGGACACCUGAAGAGAGACCCGGUAUAAAUAUAAAGCCGGCCUACCUCCACUUCUUGGCUAGUGCUCGAAACCUCAGCAUGGCUAACAAAACCCUGUGGCUGUGCACCCUGCUCCUCCUAGGAACUGCGUACGCGCAAGACGAUGACUCCGUCGAAGGAGACCCGACCGCCGAGCAACUUUGCGACGGAAGACCCGCCGACGAGUACUUCAGGUUAUCCACAGAAGGCGAUUGCAGGGACGUAGUCAGGUGCGAUAAAAGUUCAGAGAACGGUGGUGUGACACGAUUAGCGUCGGUUCGUUGUCCAGCAGGUCUGGCGUUCGACAUCGAUCGUCAAACGUGCGAUUGGAAAACGAACGUGAAAAAUUGUGAUAGUAUAGAGAAACCCAGAAAGGUGCUCCCGAUUUUCAAGACCGACGAACCGGUCUGCCCCGAAGGAAAACUCUCCUGCGGUAACGGAGAAUGUUUGGACAAGGAUCUCUUCUGCAACGGAAAACCGGAUUGCAAGGACGAAUCCGACGAGAACUCUUGCACCGUCGAGACUGAUCCAAAUCGCGCUCCGGAUUGCGAUACCACGCAAUGCGUUUUGCCAGAUUGCUUCUGCUCGGCUGAUGGUACCAGGAUUCCCGGCAAUUUGGAGCCGGUUAAUGUUCCUCAGAUGAUCACGCUCUCCUUCAACGGAGCUGUUAACAUCGAUAACGUCGAUUUGUACGAUGAUAUCUUCAACGGAAACAGGGUUAACCCGAACGGUUGCCAGAUCAGGGGAACUUUCUUCGUCUCGCACAAGUACACCAACUAUUCGGCCGUUCAGGAUUUGCACAGACGCGGACACGAAAUUUCCGUUUUCUCUCUGACUCAUAAGGAUGAUCCGAACUACUGGUCGCAAGGAUCUUACGAUGAUUGGUUGGCUGAGAUGGCCGGAGGCCGUUUGAUCGCUGAGAGAUUCGCCAACAUCACCGACGGUUCCAUCAUCGGUGUCCGCGCUCCUUACCUGCGCGUCGGAGGAAACAAGCAGUUCGAGAUGAUGAGCGAUCAGUUCUUCGUGUACGAUGCUUCCAUCACCGCGUCUUUGGGUCGCGUGCCGAUCUGGCCUUACACUCUGUACUUCAGGAUGCCGCACAAGUGCAACGGUAACGCUCACAACUGCCCCAGCCGUAGCCAUCCCGUCUGGGAGAUGGUGAUGAACGAAUUGGACAGGAGAGACGAUCCAACCUUCGACGAAUCUCUGCCCGGUUGUCACAUGGUCGACUCUUGCUCGAACAUCCAGAGCGGCGAACAGUUCGGACGUCUCCUCCGUCACAACUUCAACCGUCACUUCAACAGCAACCGCGCUCCGCUCGGCCUCAACUUCCACGCUUCCUGGUUGAAGAGCAAGAAGGAGUACAGGGAGGAACUGAUCAAGUUCAUCGAGGAGAUGUUGGCUCGUAACGACGUCUACUUCGUGACCAACCUGCAGGUCAUCCAAUGGAUGCAGAACCCCACCGAACUGAACGGUCUGCGCGACUUCCAAGAAUGGAAGGAAAAAUGCGACGUCAAGGGACAACCCUACUGCUCCCUUCCGAACGCCUGCGCCCUCCAAACCCGCGAACUUCCUGGUGAGACCCUCCGUCUCUUCACCUGCAUGGAAUGCCCGAACAACUACCCGUGGAUCCUCGACCCCACCGGUGACGGCUUCUCCGUCAGGAAGUAAUUUUAGAAUCUAAAUCCUUAGUUUUAUUUUCUAUUAAUUCCUCCUACCCUCCCAAUCCCAAAACCUUUUAUUUUGUUUGUUUAAUUAAUUGAAUUAAGAAGAGACAUCGAGCGACCGACAUCUACAUCGCCGAAUCCUUAAA